UCGGCGCACGCUGAUUGGCUGGCUGGUGCGCCCCCGGCGAAAGGUCCGCGGGGGCUGCAAGCGAUUGGUCGCUGGCGGAGAGUAGCGUUGAUGCUACGGCCGAGGGGGCAGGACCAAGCUCACGACGGGAAGCGCUGGAAACGAGGCGACGAGACGCGAACGGCCCCAGUGGUGGCCAAGGGAUACUGGGGAGGUCGAAGAGUCAGCUGCCAAGAUGGCACAAUGGAACCAACUGCAGCAGCUGGACACACGAUACUUGGAACAGCUCCACCAGCUUUACAGUGACAGCUUUCCAAUGGAACUUCGGCAGUUCCUUGCACCUUGGAUAGAGAGCCAGGAUUGGGCUUAUGCUGCCAGCAAAGAGUCCCAUGCCACUUUGGUAUUUCACAAUCUUCUGGGUGAAAUUGACCAGCAGUACAGUCGCUUCCUACAAGAAUCCAAUGUUCUCUACCAGCAUAAUCUGCGCCGGAUCAAACAGUUCCUACAGAGCAGGUAUCUGGAGAAACCCAUGGAGAUUGCCCGCAUCGUGGCCCGUUGUCUCUGGGAAGAGAAUCGACUGCUACAGACAGCAGCAACAGCAGCACAGCAAGGUGGGCAGGCAAACCACCCUACAGCUGCUGUAGUGACAGAGAAACAACAGAUGCUGGAGCAACACUUGCAAGAUGUUAGAAAGCGGGUCCAGGAUCUAGAGCAGAAGAUGAAAGUGGUGGAAAACCUGCAGGAUGAUUUUGAUUUUAAUUAUAAGACUUUGAAGAGCCAAGGUGACAUGCAGGAUCUGAAUGGAAACAACCAGUCGGUGACACGCCAGAAAAUGCAACAGCUGGAGCAAAUGCUGACUGCACUGGAUCAAAUGCGAAGGGGGAUUGUGAGUGAACUGGCUGGGCUUCUAUCAGCCAUGGAAUAUGUGCAGAAGACACUGGUGGAUGAGGAGCUGGCUGACUGGAAGAGGAGACAGCAGAUUGCAUGUAUUGGUGGACCACCCAACAUUUGCCUAGAUCGUCUGGAGAACUGGAUAACAUCCUUGGCUGAGUCACAGCUUCAAACACGUCAACAGAUUAAGAAACUCGAGGAGCUCCAGCAGAAGGUCUCCUACAAGGGGGACCCAAUUGUUCAACACCGGCCCUUGCUGGAAGAGCGGAUUGUGGAGUUAUUCAGGAAUCUCAUGAAGAGUGCCUUUGUGGUAGAACGGCAGCCCUGUAUGCCAAUGCACCCAGAUCGCCCACUUGUUAUUAAAACUGGAGUACAAUUUACAACAAAAGUGCGGUUACUGGUUAAGUUUCCUGAGCUGAAUUAUCAGCUGAAAAUCAAAGUCUGCAUUGACAAGGACUCUGGUGACGUGGCUGCCCUCCGGGGAUCCCGGAAGUUUAAUAUCUUGGGUACAAAUACUAAGGUGAUGAACAUGGAAGAGUCCAACAACGGAAGCCUUUCUGCAGAGUUCAAGCAUUUGACACUGAGAGAACAGAGAUGUGGUAAUGGUGGAAGAGCCAACUGCGAUGCCUCUCUCAUUGUCACAGAAGAACUCCAUCUCAUUACCUUUGAGACAGAAGUUUACCACCAAGGUUUGAAAAUUGACUUAGAGACCCAUUCACUUCCUGUAGUGGUGAUCUCCAACAUUUGCCAGAUGCCAAAUGCAUGGGCAUCAAUCUUGUGGUACAACAUGCUGACAAACAACCCCAAGAACGUGAACUUUUUCACAAAGCCACCCAUUGGCACUUGGGAUCAGGUUGCUGAGGUGCUCAGUUGGCAGUUCUCCUCAACCACCAAACGGGGACUCAGCAUAGAACAAUUGACGACACUCGCUGAAAAACUACUUGGACCUGGUGUCAAUUACUCUGGAUGUCAAAUAACAUGGGCCAAGUUCUGCAAGGAGAACAUGGCAGGAAAAGGCUUUUCAUUCUGGGUGUGGCUGGACAAUAUAAUUGAUCUGGUGAAGAAGUACAUCUUGGCACUUUGGAAUGAAGGGUAUAUCAUGGGCUUCAUCAGCAAAGAGAGGGAAAGAGCCAUCCUGAGCACAAAACCACCGGGGACUUUUUUAUUGCGUUUCAGCGAAAGCAGUAAGGAAGGUGGAAUCACUUUCACAUGGGUGGAGAAGGAUAUUAGUGGAAAGACACAAAUUCAGUCGGUGGAGCCAUACACCAAGCAACAACUCAAUAACAUGUCAUUUGCUGAAAUUAUCAUGGGUUACAAGAUCAUGGAUGCUACCAACAUCCUGGUUUCCCCACUUGUUUAUUUGUACCCUGAUAUUCCUAAGGAAGAGGCCUUUGGAAAAUACUGCCGCCCUGAGAGCCAGGAACAUCCUGAAGCCACUGACCCAGGUGCUGCUCCAUACCUGAAGACCAAGUUCAUCUGUGUAACCCCAACAACCUGCAGUAGCACUAUCGAACUGCCCAUGUCUCCCCGCACACUUGAAUCCCUGAUCCAUUUUGGCAGUAAUGGUGAAGGAGCUGACGGAAAUGCCAGCGGGCAGUUUGAGUCCUUGCAGGUGUUCGACAUGGAGAUGACUGCUGAGUGUGCCAAUUCACCCAUGUGACCACCCUUCUUAAGCAGCUGACCAGUUCUGCUUCCUGGCAUCAACAUUUACUCCCCUUGCAGCAUCAUGGAGCUCAGACAUCUUGGCUCUGCCUCAACAGGAGACAUUUGAUUGAGGGUCCUCCUUUAAGUACACCAUUGCUGGAGCUUUUUGCCAGAUGUCAAGACAGCUGGAGGGAAGAAGUUCUGUUUAAUUUUAGCUGUUUAUUUCCUUCCCCACUUCAAUAUUUUUCAUUAUGUAUACUGGUUAUUAAUGUAAGGAGUGAAGAUUUUGUUCUGGUGUUUUACUAGAUCAAGUGUUCCUCUUUAACAGUACUUUUUGGUCUCCUGUGCGUUUUUGCUGCAUGGCACAAAAAGCUGUUUCUGUAGCGCUACCCUCUUAAGUGCUUUACCCAGUAAUAAAGCAGUUGAAAUCAACAGGCAGGAAUCUGUUCAAGUAGCCACAUGUUAGUCCAGGGAGGGAAAAGCAUAUAUGGAGGGACACUUCUUAGAGACAAGUGCACUUUUGUUUCCUUUCCAAAACAAUGUAUUUUCUGUGCCCUGCUUUUUAACCCUUCUGUGAUGAUCAACAUACCCUAGUAGAGCAGCCCUGCAAGGUAAGGGCUAGAAAAACAGCCAAUGGCAUGUUUACUUGAGCAUCCUGGGCUUUGAUGCUCCUACUGAAGAUUUUAGAACAUUCCAACUUCACAGACUACUAAUACUCAAGGUUGCAGUGCAAACCCCAGUGGAAAUAGUAUUUGAACCCCAAUCAUUCAGCUGAAAAGUCAGUUCUCCCUCCGCUUCCUUUCACCCAAAGCUUUUGAUCAUGGGAGGACUUUCUACUGUCUACAGAUUAAGGCAUUGGAUUGAGAUAAUGGAACAAAGGUGAACUGAGAGUUCAGUGUUAGCAUCCCACCACAGAUGUGUGGUCAGCAUUUAGCUCUAGUUACUUCUAUUAUUAUUUAUUGCACUUUUAUCUACCCUGCCUUGAAAGCACCUAGGACAGCAUUCACCCUUUCUUUUUCUUUAGUUUGCCCUUAUAGCAAAGUUAUGGGGUGAAUUCUGCUGGUGAACAAUGACUGUCCCAUGGGCACCCAAGCUUCAUGGCUGAGUGGGAAUUUAAAUCUGGUCUAUCUAGCCACUGUGCCCUAUUUCAAAUUCUAUGUUAGGAACAAACAGUAAAUGUUUAAAAUAGUUAAAAGAGAUGACUGUCAGUAUUUUUUCUCCCCAUCCAUAGGCUAUAUUGUUUAAACUAUCCCUUUAAAAAAAACAAUAUUGUUAGUGAUAACCAUUUGCUGCCCAUUCUUUCUGUCAGCAUCAUUGGUCUUCCCCUUGUGGCCCCCUUCUCAUGUGGCAUUUUAAUUUAGCCCAGCUGGAGCCAGUGCUACUCAGUUGCUGCUUGGCUAUUAUAGUCUCUCCAUUGUAGGAAUUGGAGGCUUCUAAUGCUGAAGAUCCCACUCUAAUCUCAGCUGUUGAGUUCAGUGGAGUUGAAAAGUGAUGAUACAAAAGGAUGAUGAAACAAGUUUGCUUCCAGUAAUUAGAACAGCCACUAAAGCUGAUGCUUUCCAGAUGUGCUGGACUUCAACUUUCUUCAUCCAUUAAGGGGGUGUAGUUCAACUGAUCCAGAGGACAUUAACUUAAGGAAGACUGAUUCAGAAGCAUUGGUUGGCAACAUUCAUAUAAUGAACUGAUUCAUGGCUUGCUUUGCUUGUGAUUUGGUUGAAUAAGCCACUGCGAUUGGUGCAAAGCCAAAACCAAACAUUGUUAGUGUCGUAUGUGAACCCAGCCAUUUGCUAGACAAGAGACAGAAGAUUUUGUAGUCCAAACUGUACUUUUCCCUACAACUGGCUAGGGGAACCUGUGGGUGUUAAUACCACAAGUCAUGGAAGAUAGGAGUUGUAAUCCAACACAGGCUUCUUCUCUACUCCACUGCCACAACAGUUUUUUAUGAAGAGAAUGGUGAUCUCUAGUCAUGCCAAACUAGAAUUGUUCCAACUAGUGCUAAGCUGCUGUCUUCUUUCCUAAUUAAGUAAUUUUUGCACCAUUACUUCCAUUUCCAAAUUGUUCAUUUCCUUUUUUGCUGUAGCAAGUUGCUCUUGAAGAACAUAGUCGUUUUCUUUGUAUAUUUUUAUUGCUGUAUCUACAAGCUUCAGCUUUCUCUUAAAUAAAUUCUGCUACCUUAUUUCUCAGUAGAA